AUGGAGAUGCUCCAGGGGCUGCUGCUGGGACUGCUGCUGAGUGUGAGUGGGGUGUGGGCCUCCAGGGGCCUGCUGCGGCCCCUCUGCCGAUCCAUCAAUGCCACCUUGGCCACCGAGAACGAGGCCUGCCCAGUGUGUGUCACCUUCACCACCAGCAUCUGUGCCGGCUACUGCCCCAGCAUGAUGCGGGUGCUGCUGACAGCCCUGCCACCUGAGCCUCAGCCAGUGUGCACCUACCACGAGCUGCGCUUCGCCUCCAUCCAGCUCCCCAGCUGUCCGCCCAGUGUAGACCCUGUGGUCUCCUUCCCUGUGGCACUCAGCUGCCACUGUGGGCCCUGUUGCCUCAGCAGCUCUGACUGUGGGGGGCCCAGGGCCCAGCCCUUGGCCUGUGACCUCCCCCACCUCCCAGGUGUCCUCUUCCUCUAA